AUGUUUUCUUCUAAAUUAAAUAAAAUUAAUUUGCCACUUUUACGUAACAAACUAUUUUCCGAGACGCAACAAAAUUACUCCCUUUAUUCUAUUUUGCUUCGACGACAUAGUAAUAAAAAGUUAAGUAUCCAUGAAAAAACCUUGCAACUUGAAAAAGAAAUAAAGAAGCUGGAACAAAAAAUAUUGAAGUUUGAUAAAAAAGCUAUUGCCUCGGAGUCAGACAGUCAACCACUAUUAUCAGAAGACCUUUACACAAAUGUAUAUAAAGCAAUUUCCGACCCUUCCGUACCUCUUCCUCGACGACUUCAAUCUAAUUUUACAAAUAAUCUUAAAUUACCGAUGGAUUCUCUUCAAGCGUGUCAAAGAUCACCAUUUCCUUCUAUAAGUGAUUUGAAAGCAUCCAAGCAGGAUCAAGCAAAUGCAAUAACUGAAUGGGACAAAGAAAACUUGGAAUCCUUGGAACAAUUUAAUAAAUGGUUGUACGCUUGCGCGUUAUUGAAACGACCUGAUGAAGUCUUGGAUAUAUUUUUAUUGAUGGAGAAAGCAGGUAUUACCCCUAAUAUCAUUACGUAUGAUAAUUUAAUAAACCUUUUCGCUUCUGUUGGAGAUCUACAAAAAGCAAUCGAAUCAUUUGAAUUGAUCGAACCUGGCAAGCCGACGAUACAUAGUUACGCGAAUUUGAUUAAAGCAUACGUUAAAUAUAAUCGAGUCGAUGAUGCAUUUAAUGUGUAUUCAAAUAUGAAAAAUAGUGGGGUGAUGCCAUCUCAGCCUAUUUUUACUACCUUAAUUAAAGGGUGUAUUGACAACGGAGAAAUCAAGCGUGCAUGGACAACAUUUGAUCAUAUGCGGUUGGAAGUAUGUCAACCCGAUGAGGUUACGUACAGUUUAAUGAUCCGCGCGUGUGCAAAGGAAGAAAAUUCUGAAAGGGCUUUUGAUUUAUACCAAGAAAUGAAAGAAAAAGGAUUAUAUCCAACUGACGUGACAUUUAAUUCUUUGAUUCAUGCUUGCGCAAAAAGAAAAGAUAUCCUUUAG